AUGCUGCAGCUUUCAGUGGAUCGGGGCUUAGCACUGCUGCUGCUGAUGAUGUUGCUGGGUCUUUUCGCCAGUCUAGAUGCAGCACCAUCUCCGUCGACUAGAGAAAGUAAGAAGAGCAGGCGUCAGGAGCUAGUUCGUGUCUACAGCAUCAACCAGAAGCAGUACGACAGGGUUCUCCAGCUGACGCAGGGCAAGAAUGUCAUCUCCGAGGCGCGACUGAUCAACGGUGGCUUCGCCACGGUCAGCGAUAGCCUCAGCUCCGGCUGGCACUCUCUGCUGCGGAUCGUGGGGCUCACCACGUUGAGCAAGGCCAAUGAGGAGACCAAGGUCGAUUUCGAUGGCCAGCCCCUGUGCGUGAUCAAGACGAGGGAGGACGCGCCCAGGGAGGAGGGCUCUGCCCGCAGCUCAGCCACCGAUACCCAAGAUGAGGAGGAGGCCAUUAACUGCAUUGUGGUGCUGAAGAAGGAACCGGACCUUGAGCUGCCUACUCAAUAUCAAAGCCAACAAUAUUGGUACCCACAAUCGGCAGUAGUUCCUUCAGGGGAAGAAGCAGCCGUAAAAGAGCAAGCGGAGGAAGUGGAGGAGCAAGCGGAGGAAGUGGAAGAGCAAACGGAGGUGGAGGUAACCAGCGAGACUCCCCAGAGAUCUAGGUCCAAGUCGAAGAAACAUAAUAUUAGCAGUGAAUCCACGGCUGAUAGCUCCGAGGAUCACUCCGACCUGCCACGCCAAUAUGGAGCUGGCUAUCCACCACCACCACCACCCCGCAAUACGGAGCCUAUUCACCUUAUGGUGGUUAUCCAUACAGCCCCCUGCAGUCUUAUGGUUCACAGUCCUAUCCCCCCUAUGGACAGUCGCUGUCUCCCUUUCCGCCACAGCAGCCCUUUGGUUCGCAGCAACCCUUCGGUCCGCAGCCACCCUUUGGUCAACCACAACCAUUCGGUGGGCAGACGCCAAUCGGAAGUCCUUACUACCCCCAGCCAUACUAUGGUCAACCCUCGCCCAAUCCUUAUGGUCCCUACUCCUACUUCGAACAGCCCCAAGCCACAAAUGAGACGCCGGAGGCCGAUGAUGAUCAGGACGAAAACGAGGACUCCUAUGAGGCGGAAGAUGAAGAUCUAUACGGCUAUGAUAAAAAAUCUAUGA